AUGUCAAAACAAAAGUCAAAAUAAAUAAAGUUUAAAACAACAUAUGACUUUUUGCUUUUGAAUAGAAAUUAUUUAAUUUUUCCCUCGAAAUGAAGCCUGCUAUAGUAGCCGAUGAAAUGUUUCCAGAAGGUGCUGGCCCAUACAUGGAUUUGGAAGAAGCUGGAGGCUCGUCAGGACUGUUGAUGGAUUUAACUGCUAAUGAAAAAGCCGUACACGCCGAUUUUUUCAAUGAUUUUGAAGACUUAUAUGACGACGAUGACUUACAAUAAAUAAACCACUAGUUUAAUUGCUAAAUUUAUAAAACCUACGACGAAAAAAUAAAAGCCCGUUUUGCCA